UUAAAGCUUGGAAAAAAAGAAAAAAAAAAAACUACCCCAACCUUCCUCCUCUCUGUCUCUCUGUUACUCCUAUCUGUCUCUGACAAUCAAAGUUUCCCACUGGCGCGCCAUUUUAAACGCUUGCCUCUCGAAAUUUCGUUUUCUUCUUUGAACCUGCUAUUAUGGAAACCCUAAAUUAAAUAUUUUUCUUUUAAUUACUCUCUCUGGCGGUUUCUCUUUUGUUUUAGAUUUGAUUAAACAAAGGAAAAAAAAAUGGCUUGUCUCUGCGUUCCGGAGGGUGAAGUUGAGGAGCUGCUUGAACAUGUGCCAUUAGCAACAAGGCGAAAAUUAUUACUUUCUUGCACCGUUGCAUUUAAAAACCAAGAUGGAAGCUCCAGUUCCCGGGGCCUUCUCUCUUUCCCUCCUUGCUCUGUUGGACAUCAGGUGCAUCAAGAUUUGCCACAAGAAAGUCAUCCCUUUGGUUCUGGUGCAGUUGGUCAAGGUUCUCAGUAUGCCACUUCUUGCCAAGAUGUAGGUUUGGCUAUAAAUGGAAACGGCCAAGGAAGUCAAGCAGAUCAGCUGACAGGUACUGGGACUAAUGCUGAUGCUUCAGCAAUGGGGAAAACCAAUGUUGGUGUUCCUUUGCCUUCAAAUCAUGUACCAUCAAAUGCUUCUGAUAUUGUAAAGGUUGGCUGUGCUCAUAACGUGCUUCUGAGUUUAUCAAAAGAUGAUACAAAUAGUUCUGCCUAUACUGGUGUUGAAGCUUCUUGCCAAUAUGUGAGUUUGCCUAUAAGUGGCAACAGCCAAGGAAGUCCAGCAGACCAGCUGACAGGUACUGAAGCUAAUGCUGAUGCUUCUGGGCCGGAGAAAGUUAAUGUUGAUGUCCUUCUGCCUCCAAAUGUUUCUGAUAUUAUGAAGGUUGACUGUGCUGAUAGCAUGCUGCUUAGUUUAUCAAAAGAUGAUACAAAUAGUUCUGCCAAUACUGGUGUUAUAGCUGUGAAUACCAUGGAUAAAAAGUUCAGUGACUUUACAUUUGGUGAACUUGACCACAUUGUAUUGAAAGAAAGACGAAAAUUGCUUUUUAAAAGGAAAUUGGUGGAAUUGGAAAAGCCAGCUCUAGAGGGUACUUCUGUGGGGUUGGCAGAAGAUCUUAUCGAAUACUCUGCCGGGAGAAUUGAACAAGAGCUUCAGCCCACUGAUGGAGAAUGUAUGAUAGCUCGAAAUCAAUUUAAUGACAUUCCUAUAAGAAAUGCCUCUUAUCUUUCUAGUUGUUCUGCAAAUGGUUCAUCUAGUUUGGAAUACUCUGCUGGGAGGAUCAAAGAAGAGCUUCAAUUUGUUGAUGGAGAAUCUUGGUUGGCUGGAAAUGAAUUUAAUGACAUUCCUACCAGGACUGCUUCUGAUCUCCAAAGAACUUCCGCAACUGGGACUGAAGCAGCUAGGUCAGGAAAUAGAAAGGAAGAAAGCAGCAUAAUAUAUUCCUCUGAGAGAACAUCCAUGGAGUUCAAGGCACGUGAUGGAGAUGAUUCUGCUCCUACAAGAACAGAUAAUAUAUACAGUUCAACUCCAAAUACUUCUGUCAAAGUCAAAGUUGAACAACUGGAUUGCAGUAACUUUCAAAAUCCAGAAAAGAGCACUUUGGGUAACAUGGUAUCAGUGAAGUGUGAAGAGGACAUCUCUGAUGGGAUAGACCAUAUGCUACUAUGCGAUCGGAUGAAGCUGCUGAAAUCGAUUGAGGAUUUUGAAUUUAAUGCUUCCAAGAACUUUGAGUGCUUGAGGAAAGCUGGGCCUGCUGCCUUUGGAGUUAUCCCCAUUGUUUCAGAGUCUGCCAAACCAAUAAUGGUACACCAUCGAAGGAAAAGAAAGAAGACUGCCACGGAUUCAGUUGAAACAGCUUUAGAGGAAGAUGCACCUGGACUUCUCAAGGUUUUGCUUGAUCAAGGUGUGUCAGUUGAUGAAAUCAAGCUUUAUGGGGAGUCACAGAGUGAUGAUGCCUUAGAUGAAUCAUUCGACGAAGACAGCUUCUCAGAGCUUGAAGCUGUGAUGACAAAGCUACUUUCUCAGCGCAGCUGUUUAUUGAAGUUUGGCCCUUUUCGAUGCACAAAGGGCUCAAAACCUAGUUAUUGCUUGGCUUGCCUAUUCUCACUUGUGGAGCAGACCCGGUAUCUGCAGUUUCGUAGAUGGCCAGUUGAAUGGGGUUGGUGCCGAGAUCUUCAAUCAUUUAUAUUUGUCUUUAACAGACAUCACAGAAUAGUCCUAGAACGCCCGGAAUAUGGUUAUGCAACAUACUUUUUUGAGCUGUUAGAUUCCUUACCCAUUGACUGGCAGGUCAGGCGAUUGGUGACUGCCAUGAAGCUUACUAGCUGUGGCAGGAUUACGCUGAUUGAGAAUAAACCGUUGUCGGUUGGAGAAGACUUGACUGAAGGCGAGGCAAAGGUGUUAAUGGAGUAUGGUUGGAUACCAAAUACUGGCUUGGGAACAAUGGUCAACUACCGUGACAGAGUUGUUCAUGACCGGAAGAAUGAAAGUGACAGCUCAGAAUGGAGAUCAAAGAUAAGAAAGCUGCUAGUAGAUGGGUACAACAGUGGAAGUAUUGUUUCAACAAGUCUCGCCGAGAAUGUGAAUGAAGGCAAGGAUGGUGAGAAUGCACAGAUUAAGGUGGAAUUGUGAUUAGAGAUUGAUCCCUAGAAUGUAAAUAUUUUCCGUGCAUAAAGGAACAUCUUGAAGGCUUUUAGGCAAUCAACCACUAAUGAAUGAGUUCAAACUUCAGUCUAA